CAUGCGCUAGCCGUUGGAACGACGGCAAGGGAAAUAGCACCAGCCAGGCGCGUUUGCGUGUUUUUUUUGUUGGGUCUGCUGGACAAAAAAGUGCCGAGAAACCUGGGAGAGGAGCCAAGUCUUCCCAGAUGUAACUGAAAACAGCCAUAUGGUGGAAGCGUUCUGUAAAGGAAACCUGAGCCAGAAAGACAGCAAGGUGCAUGGCAGACACAUUUUAAGUGGUGCUUACUUAAGUAGCUUGAUAGAGACCUACUCAACCCUUGUCUGCGUACGUGCACUUAUCAUCUCUGAUAGCUGCUUGAAACUUGUACGCUACAUAGCGACACACUUGUAGGAAAGGCAUAUGUAGUUCUGUGUCACUUAUACAUCCGCUACAGUUCAAACAGAAACAGGAUUUACACUUGUAGGCACAGAAAAAGACCUGUGACAGAUUUUCUUUCACAUGCCUAUUGGCAACCAACCACUUUGCUUCAAUGGAGAAUUGCAGCUGCAAAAGAACAAAUUGUAGAGGUCGCCGUUACCUCAGCAUCAGCUGGGAGAUAGCCUAGCCUCGCUCAGCUCAGGUUAGCACCACUCGGCUAGGUAGUCAGGGACUUCCCCAGCCCCAUCCUUCUUUUCCUGCAUCCCACACAACACCCCCUCCCUUUCUCCUAUUCCCAAGUGCGUUGCCAUGGCAUCACUUCGCUUCACGGUGACGGCCACCAAGGCGGAGGACCUCCCGGGGUUGUCCGACACGUCUCCUGACAUCAGCUCCCGGUCCGGCGCGCGUGUGCGCUUCGGCUCCCGGGAAAGCGUCCAUCGAAGUGACCUGGUCAGCGAGGCGUCGGGAGGAGGGACGACUACUGCAGGAGGAGCCGAGACACCGGACUACAGCAAUGUGGAGCAAGCAGAUGGAAAUUCCAAAAUCUCCAGCGUGUACAUCAACAACACUCAUGGAGUGGAUGACGAUGACUUCUACGACAGAAACUUGGCUUUGUUUGAGGAGGAGAUGGACACUCGGCCAAAGGUGUCUUCUCUGCUCAAUCGCCUGGCCAACUACACCAACCUUACGCAGGGGGCCAGGGAACACGAGGAGGCCGAGAGCAUUGGCGAGAAGAAGAAAGCCAGCAAGUCGCCACAGAUGGGCACCUUUAUGGGAGUUUACCUGCCUUGCCUCCAGAACAUCUUCGGUGUCAUCCUGUUCCUGCGGUUGACCUGGGUGGUGGGAAGUGCUGGGGUGCUGCAGGCCCUCUGUAUUGUCUUCAUAUGCUGUUGCUGUACGUUGUUGACUGCAAUAUCCAUGAGUGCAAUCGCCACUAAUGGAGUUGUACCAGCGGGAGGCGCCUACUUCAUGAUUAGUCGCUCUCUGGGUCCAGAGUUUGGGGGGGCUGUGGGCCUGUGUUUCUACUUGGGGACCACCUUUGCUGGAGCCAUGUACAUCCUGGGAGCCAUUGAGAUCCUUCUGAUGUACAUAGCACCUAAGGCAGCCAUUUUUGUGUCAAAACACCCUGAAGGCGAAGGGGCAGCCAUGUUGAACAACAUGCGGGUCUACGGCUCCAUCUGUCUCCUCCUGAUGUCUUUGCUGGUCUUUGUGGGCGUGAAGUAUGUCAACAAACUGGCCUCCAUCUUCUUGGCCUGCGUCAUCGUGUCCAUAGUUUCCAUCUACGUCGGGGCGCUGGUCUCCGCCUUCAAUCCGCCACAUUUCCCUGUGUGCAUGCUGGGAAACCGAACUAUCAACGGCCAUGAAAUUGAUGACAACCACUGUGCAAAAACCAUCCUGCUGCAGAUCAAAGAGCCAGUGGAGAAAGUUGACGACAACAUCACACUGAUUAAUGAAAACAGCACUAUGAGCCCGACCUUUGACCCCAGCCUUUCUACCAAUCUGGUGGAGAAGACCACGUAUCUUUGGAAGCAGUUUUGCCAGGGCCCAGAAAUCAACGCCACCUGUGACCAAUACUUCCUUUCCAACAAUUUUUCAGAGAUCAAAGGGAUACCCGGUCUGGCCAGUGGAAUAAUUUCAGAGAACCUGUGGAGCUCCUACCCCAGCCGAGGGGACGUGUUGGAGAAAGUCUCCCUUAUCUCCACUCACGAAGCACAUCCUGCCUCCACUCAGCAGCCUUAUGUGUUUGCUGACAUCACCACCUCCUUCACACUGCUGGUGGGAAUCUUCUUCCCCUCCGUCACAGGAAUCAUGGCCGGUUCCAACCGGUCGGGCGAUCUGAAAGAUGCCCAGCGCUCCAUCCCCAUUGGAACCAUUCUCGCCAUCCUCACCACUUCCAUCGUCUACCUGAGCAGCGUUGUCUUGUUUGGAACCUGCAUCAACGGGGUGCUCCUCAGAGACAAGUUUGGUGACUCAGUCAAAGGGAAUCUGGUUGUGGGGACUCUGGCUUGGCCAUCUCCCUGGGUCAUUGUGAUUGGCUCUUUCUUCUCGACAUGUGGCGCAGGCCUCCAGUCGCUGACCGGCGCUCCCCGACUUCUACAGGCCAUUGCCAAGGACAACAUCAUUCCAUUCCUCCGGGUGUUUGGCCAUGGGAAGGCUAACGGGGAGCCCACCUGGGCCUUGCUGCUCACAGCCCUAAUAGCCGAGCUGGGGAUUCUCAUUGCUUCUCUGGACCUCGUGGCUCCCAUCCUUACAAUGUUCUUCUUGAUGUGUUAUCUGUUUGUGAACCUGGCCUGUGGCCUCCAGACCCUCCUGAGGACGCCCAACUGGAGGCCGCGCUUUUCCUAUUACCACUGGACCUUGUCGUUUUUGGGGAUGACUAUCUGCCUGGCACUCAUGUUCAUAUCCUCCUGGUACUACGCAAUCGCUGCCAUGGUGAUCGCUGGCAUGAUCUACAAGUACAUUGAGUACCACGGAGCGGAGAAAGAGUGGGGGGAUGGCAUCCGCGGUCUCUCACUCAGUGCUGCCCGAUAUGCCCUCCUGAGGUUGGAAGAGGGACCACCGCACACCAAGAACUGGAGGCCCCAGGUGUUAGUCUUACUAAAACUGGACGAGGACGCCCACGUCAAGUCUCCUCGCCUGCUGACGUUUGCCAACCAGCUGAAGGCGGGAAAGGGCCUAACCAUCGUCGGCACAGUCGUCUCUGGAAACUUCCUACAAAGCUACGGCGAGGCCCUCGCUGCUGAACAGACUCUGAAGCACCUGAUGGAUAAGGAACGUGUGAAGGGCUUCUGUCAGUGUAUCGUGGCCCAGAAGCCACGUGAAGGUAUCAGCCACAUGAUCCAAUCCAGCGGCCUGGGAGGAAUGAAGCCCAACACUGUGGUGAUGGGCUGGCCUCACGCCUGGAGGCAGAGUGAGGACCCACAGUCCUGGAAGACUUUCAUCAACACAGUGCGUGUGACCACAGCAGCCCACUUGGCCCUGCUGGUGCCCAAAAACAUCUCCCUGUUCCCCAGCAACAGCGAGCCCUGCACAGAGGGCUACAUUGAUGUCUGGUGGAUCGUCCACGAUGGAGGGAUGCUAAUGCUGCUGCCCUUCCUGCUGCGCCAACACAAAGUGUGGCGUAAGUGUGGGAUGCGAAUCUUCACAGUGGCCCAGAUGGAGGAUAACUCCAUCCAGAUGAAGAAGGAUCUGGCAACCUUCCUCUAUCACCUACGCAUUGAGGCUGACGUGGAAGUAGUUGAGAUGCAUGACAGUGACAUCAGUGCGUACACCUAUGAAAGGACCCUGAUGAUGGAGCAGAGGUCUCAGAUGCUCAGACAGAUGCGACUGUCUAAAUCAGACCGAGAGAGAGAGGGAAACCCUGGUAGCAGCAGCAGUAGGCCAGAGGCAGGUGGAGCCACAAGGUCUCAGCGGGCACGCUGGAGUUUUGAUGAUGCUCAGCUGGUGAAAGACCGGAACUCCAUGCUGCGGCUGACAAGCAUCGGAUCCGACGAUGACGACGACACCGACGGCGGGGAGCGCGACAGGGCGACAAGCGCUGGUAUGAGCGGCGGUGGUGCUGGCGCCGGAGCCGGUGGAGGCAGCGCCGAGCAUCACCGUAGAGUUCAGAUGACCUGGACCAAAGAGAAGACCUCGCAGUACAGAGCCACACACUCCGGCUGCUCCACACCGGAGGGCUUCAGAGACAUGCUCAGCAUCAGGCCGGACCACUCCAACGUCAGGCGGAUGCACACCGCCGUCAAGCUCAACGAGGUCAUUGUCAACAAAUCCCAUGAUGCCCGGCUCGUCCUGCUCAACAUGCCAGGACCACCCAGGAACACGGAGGGAGACGAGAACUACAUGGAGUUCCUCGAGGUCCUAACGGAAGGAUUGGAGCGUGUUCUGUUGGUCAGAGGUGGAGGAAGUGAAGUCAUCACCAUCUACUCCUGAUUGGACAAAACGGAGGAAGCCAGCGUUAAAGACGCAGCCAAGCACCCAGAAGUGAGCGAUAGGAGAUGGUGGGGGCCUGUGAGCUCUGGGGGUGGGGGGGUUGCGUGGACCCAAAAGGAGAGACUGUCAUUAGCUACAGCAUCAGUUGUCAUGCCCAACACCUCCCUCCCCUCCAGCCCUUUUCUUUUUAUCUUUACACUUAAUGUCAUGACAACGGUUUCCAUUCCAUUCGUCAAGCUACAGUAAUGCCAACACAAUUCCACGGACGAACAAAAAAAGUAUGUGCGUGCUUGCGUGCGUGCGUGUGUGCGUGUGUGCGUGUGUUCCACCUGAGGGAGGUAUGGUUUGUUGGAGAAGGGGACCAGUGUUGUGUUUGGGGGGAAGGGGGGCUUUAAGAAUAGGCUGAAGGCCUGAAAUACAGAAAACACUAGUUUAUCACAAUAAUACUUAAUAACAGUGUGUCAAAGGAAGGGAGGAGCCUCUACUUUUAAACCUGUUACUGGUUCAAAAAUCAGUGUGCAUUUCGGUUUAAUUGAAAGUGUAACUUUUUCAACAAAAAAAUGGUUAUUUAUUUGCAUAUCAAUAGUGGCCUCCUUUCUUAGCAUAUCCACCAUAUACAUUAGUAAAUGCACAAUCAUCAGAAUUUGUUUAAUCCAAAGUGAAGUUCAAAGAGUUUGAAUUAUUUUUCUAAUUGAUAAACAGUGUUGGUCUGAACUUGCUGCUUUUUCUCACAAUCUGUUCUCCUCUAUGGAGUCCCAUUUUUUGCCGGGAAAAGGUAAAAAGAUAGAUGAAACGGUCAUGAUGAAAAUGAAAAUGCUCAACAU